AUGGCAGAAUCCUCACCUGCUGGGGUUGUAGUUGGUCUUGUUAAGUCCCUAUCUGAUGCUAUUGACGUAGGCCUUGUUCUCCUGGUUGUUACAGAGUCCUCAUCUGUUGUCGGAGGCCUCGUUCUCCCGGUUGCCACAGAAGCCGCUUCCGUUGUCGUAGGCCUUGUUCUUCUGGUUGUCACAGAGUCCUCAUCUGUUGUCGUAGGCCUUGUUCUCCUCGUUGUCACAGAGUCCCCUUCGUUUAUCGUGGAUGUUGUUCUCCCGGUUGUUACAGAGUCCGCCUCCGUUGUCGUAGACCUUGUUUCUCUGGUUGUCACAGAGUCCUCUUCCCUUGCCAUAGGUCGUGUUCUUCUGGUUGUCACAGAUUCUUCAUCUGUUGUCGUAGGUCUUGUUCGUCUAGUUCUCACAGCGUCCUCUUCCGUUGUCGUAGGCCUUGUUCUUCUGGUUGUCACAGAUUCUUCAUCUGUUGUUGUCGGCUUUGUUCUUCUCGUCACAGAUUCUUCAUCUGUUGUUGUUUGGCGUGUUCUGAUUGUCGCAGAGUCCUCUUCCGUUGGUGUAGGCCUUGCUCUUCUGGUUGUCACAGAGUCCUCUUCCGUUGUCGUAGGUCUUGUCCUCCUCGUUGUCACAGAGUCCGCCUCCGUUGUCGUAGGCCGUGCUCUCCUCGUUGUCACAGAGUCCUCUUCCGUUGUUGUAGGUCGUGUUCUUCUGCCUGUCACAGAGUCCGCGUCCGUUGUUGUAGGUCGUGUUCUCCUCGUCACAGUGUCCCCUUCCGUUGUCGUAGGUCUCGUUCUCCUCGUUGUCACAGAGUCCGCCUCCGUUGUCGUAGACCUUGUUCGUCUGGUUGUCACAGAGUCCUCUUCCGUUGUUGUAGGUCGUGUUCUUCUGGUUGUCACAGAGUCCGCUUCCGUUGUUGUAGGUCGUGUUCUCCUCGUCACAGAGUCCUCUUCUGUUGUCGUAGGUCUUGUUCUCCUCGUUGUCACAGAGUCCUCUUCCGUUGUCGUAGACCUUGUUCUCCUCGUUGUCACAGAGUCCUCUUCCGUUGUCGUAGGUCUCGUUCUCCUGGUUGUCACAGAGUCCUCUUCCGUUGUCGUAGACCUUGUUUUUCUGGUUGUCAUAGAGUCCUCAUCUGUCGUCGUAGGUCGUGUUCUCCUGGUUGUCACAGAUUCUUCAUCUGUUGUCGUAGGUCUCGUUCUCCUCGUUGUCAUGGAGUCCUCUUCCUUUGUCGUAGAUCGUGUUCUCCUGGUUGUCACAGAUUCUUCAUCUGUUGUCGUAGGUCUCGUUCUCCUCGUUGUCACAGAGUCCUCUUCCUUUGUCGUAGAUCGUGUUCUCCUGGUUGUCACAGAUUCUUCAUCUGUUGCCGCAGGUCUUGUUCUUCUGGUUGUCACAGAGUCCUCUUCCGUUGGUGUAGGCCUUGUUCUCCUCGUUGUCACCGAGUCCUCUUCCGUUGUUGUAGGCCGUGCUCUCCUCGUUGUCACAGAGUCCUCUUCCGUUGUUGUAGGUCGUGUUCUUCUGGUUGUCACAGA